AUGAGUGUUCACAACGUUAACCUUUGCUUUGCCAAACUUCGCCCACCUUUGCUCCCACAUGUGCAGGGCCUGAGUUUCACCGUGAAACCCGCAGAGUGUUUCGGUCUCCUUGGCGUCAACGGCGCUGGUAAAACGACUACGUUCAGAAUACUCACGGGGGAGGUACUUCCGCAUAACGGCGACGCCUUCGUUAACGGAUUUUCAGUCGUGAACGACGUGUCCCAGUUCCGUCGCUACCUGGGCUAUUGUCCGCAGCGCGACGGCCUUUUGGACUUGCUGACCGGCGUGGAGACCCUUGUGUUGUACACGCGGCUGCGUGGCAUCCCGCUCACCGAGGAGUACCUCAACGCGCUGCUCUCUAUUUUUCACCUGGAGGAUAUCGCUGACCAGGUUGUGGCAAGAUACAGUGGCGGCAACCGGCGUAAGCUGUCCAUGUGCAUCUCGAUGAUCGGCAUGCCUAAUGUGCUGCUCCUGGACGAACCCUACGCCGGCGUUGGGACCACAUCCCGUAAGCGCAUCGUGAAUUACCUCAGCGCACUCCAGCGUGUGGCCAAGAUGUCCAUCGUGCUGACUUCACACAGCCUUGCGGACGUGGAGUUCCUCUGCAACCGCGUCGCCAUUCUGGGUUCGGGAAAGUUGCAAUGCCUUGGCUCGGUUGCGCACCUCAAGGACAAGUUUGGGAAGGGCUACACGAUCACGGUGAAGACGUACCCGGAUAAGAAGGAAGACAUACUCUACCAUCAAGACGUGGCACAUGCCGUGCUCAAGAACUUCCGCGAUGCGGAGCUCGUCCACAGCUUCGAGGGCUUGCUCGAGUUCCGGAUGUCCCGAAUUCAGAUGCUGUGGAGCGAAAUGUUCACGCGCAUGUCUCGGAUCAAGAAGCGCUUCAAGUUGCAAGACUUCUUCAUCACGGAUACAUCGUUGGAGCAGAUAUUUCUCAGCGUGACGCGGAAGGAGGCCAGCGAGGCAGCCGCCAAGGAAGCCGCCAAGGCGACCGAGCCCGCGCCCAAUCCACUGGCCACUACACUUGGCAUAUUAUGAGUCGCUCUGUAAAACUCACAUAAUUUACUGGAACCUUGUCAUGAUUGACAUAGGUUUUACUAUGGUCGCCCAUAGCACGCGGAUUGAAUUUGUGCGGCGCUCUGAUAAAAUUUUACACGUAACAGACGUAACGGUCUACAUCAUUUCCAGCUGUUGUCUUGACGAGGCAGACAAUUCGUCACUAAAGCGUUGUAAGAGCACCUUUUUGUUUGCUGCGACGCUUAAAUGGUUGCGUCACUUUGAGGGAAGCUGUGGUCGCGUGUAUAUGGUAAUUCAAUUAAAGCAUGUUGUCACUUGCGCUGAGGUUUUUGUGCAGCUCAAAGCUAGUAUGGAGCUUAGCACUACGAUAUACCUCAUAGGCCAAACGUACCUUUGGGACGCUGGUCAGUUAAAUUUUGCCUCUUUCUUCAUUGAAGUAUUUACACUUUUUAGUAAAGGUUGUGCUGAAAGCGAACAGAUGGGUAUCUACAACAGGAGCUGCGUAAUCGCUAAACUACCUUAUGUCCUUUCAUGUAGGUAUGCCGGGCUUGCAUGGCACGUCGUAGCGUAGACCCAUACUGCAAACCCCCUUCCUGGACCAUUUACCAAUUUUCGGCUCUAUUUGCUAUCACCUAACAAUACGCUAGUUUUACACUCCCGAGUAUUUGUUAGGCAGAAUGUGCAG